UCUUGCCCGUAAAAGUUAGAGCUACCUACCUGCCUACCACACUGACCACAGUCACCACACCUUUCCUCAUCUUCUUCCCCUGUGCUGCGCUUCCACUUCCCGGCUGUUCAUCUUCAAUGGCUUUUACUGCCGCUUCCACGGCGGUGGUCUGCUCCAUUCCUAAGGCCAGCAUUUCUCCCAAUUCAUUCGCUAAGCACUCUUCUUUCUCUCAGACUCUUGCUGUUCCCUCUCCCUUCACUGCCCCCCGCUUUUGCAAGCCCUUCGUCUCCCGCGUCCCUUGCUUGCUCUCUUCUCGCUCCGCUCCAUCCAAAAAUCGCAGCUUUGUUGUCCGCGCUUCAGAUGAACUUCCUUUGGUAGGGAAUAUAGCACCUGAUUUUGAAGCUGAGGCUGUUUUCGACCAGGAAUUCAUCAAUGUUAAGCUAUCUGACUACAUUGGGAAGAAGUAUGUGAUUCUUUUUUUCUAUCCACUGGACUUCACAUUUGUUUGUCCAACUGAGAUCACUGCUUUUAGUGACCGCUAUGAAGAGUUUCAGAAGUUAAACACUGAGGUCUUAGGUGUAUCCACUGACAGUGUGUUCUCUCAUCUUGCAUGGGUCCAAACUGAAAGAAAGUCUGGGGGAUUGGGUGAUCUGAAGUAUCCAUUGAUUUCUGACAUGACCAAAUCAAUCUCAAAAUCUUACAAUGUGCUUAUUCCACAUCAGGGAAUCGCACUGAGAGGACUCUUCAUCAUUGAUAAGGAGGGAGUCAUUCAACACUCUACCAUCAACAAUCUUGCUAUUGGCCGAAGUGUUGAUGAAACAUUGAGAACUCUCCAGGCAUUGCAGUAUGUCCAGGAGAACCCUGAUGAAGUGUGCCCUGCUGGAUGGAAGCCUGGCGAGAAGUCAAUGAAACCUGAUCCCAAGCUCAGCAAGGAGUACUUUGCAGCUGUAUAAGAAAAAAAACUGAGCAUUCUCUCAGCCAUUUUGUACUUCGCACAUUUGUUUGAAAGAAAAGUGGUGCUGCACGUGAAGCUGAAAUGUACAAUUUGGACUAAUCACCUAAAAACAAUUGCUAUUAUAUGAAGUUAUUCUUAAUUUGAAACUUGAAAGUGUUUUUUUUGGGGUGAUUCGUCAAGACGCUAAUCCUUGAAAUUACACAAACUGGAAAUUAUUGCAGCCUUGCAGGACAUGAUCAUGUUUUGCACUUUUGCCAACGGCACUACUUCAAUUUUUUCAUUAAAGACAAUCGAUUCCAGGUCUUCCAGCACACCCCCAAUAUAUAUAUAUUUUAAAUUUCUUUCAAA